UAAAAAUGUCUAGACUAUAUCCUCUUUUGAUAACAAUUACUAUUGUAGCAUCCUCAACAAUUAAAUUAAAUAACCCCAUUCAGGUUGAUUAUCACAAAGAAAAAUUAAAUCAAUAUUUCAUAGAUCAUAACAAUUAAAUAUGGUUUGAAUUUGUAAAAUCAAUUGAAAUACUCAACCCAAAAACUACAAUUUGUUAAGUGAUGCCAUAUUAAUUUGAAGCAAUCAAUCCAAUCUCCAUUAAAUUUGAUAAUAUUACAUCAACUUUAUUUGAUAAUGAAUUAAAAACUCUAUUUGUAUUAGAGUAGAAGUAGCUUACUAUGAUUGAGAUAACCUUUACAAACCUUUCAUUGAGCACAUAUCACUAUAGAAUUGGUUAAACUAAUUAUAUUAAUAAAAUUGAAAUGACUUCCCACCAAAUUUCUAAUGGAAUAGCUUUAGCAUAAAUAGAGGAUAAUUUUAUUUUAAUUUUAGAUGAUUAGUAAAAACUUAUUCUGUUUGAUAUAGUUGCCAAAAAUUUCGAAAAUAUUUAAUCAUUUUAAUCUAAACCUAUUUGGAUGACAAGUGCUAAUGGGUAUUUAUUUGUAGGAUUUGAAGAUAUAUUGAUUUAAUAUAAAUUAGAUUAAAGAAAAUUAAUAUAAAUUAAUCAGCUAGAAUUAAAUUUGAAGGACAGUUCUAUUCUAAAGAUGUAAUAAAGUUCUAUUUUCAUAUCAUUUCCAUUUUUUAAGGUUAUUAAAAUUACAUACAAUUAAAAUGUAUUAUAGGUGGAUGACUACUUAACUUAGAAUAUGGAAAUCGUGAGCUUGGCAAUAUAAGGCCAAAAUAUUUCAUAUUUAACUAAAGAUUACGUGUAUUUAAAUUCUGGAAACAAGUUAUUUGAACAAUAUGAUAAAUUAUUUCAAUUUAUUGACUUAGUAAUUUUGAUUUCAAAUAAAGGGAUCAUUAAAGUGAUAUGUGAAUUUAUUGACGAGUUAUGUAUUGAUUUUUGAUAAUUUAAAGCAACUCCCUUAUACAUUAAACAUUAGAAUGUCAGUAAUAUACAUAUUAUGAACAAUUUUGGAAUAAAUUAUCACCUAAUAACAGAAUCCAAAAAUCUCAUUACAAUCAAUGAAAUCUCUCUUACUGAAUCUUUUAUUUAAUGUGACGAUAGAACAGGCGAUAAUUAAGAAGCUGUAUCAUUUAUAGCUUUAGCAGACGGUUGCCAAGAUAGAAAGACAAUAUCUUAUCCUUCAAGCUGUAAAAUUGAAGGAAAACUUCAAUGUAAAUUGUUUGAAUAAUACUUUAGUUAACUACAUUUCUACUAUAUAUGCGAAGUUUUCUGAUCUAAUUUAUUUGAUGAUUACACUACUGGUCAUAGCUGUUGCCUUGAUUUUAUUAGCCAUUUUUUGCACUAUAAAGUAUCAAAAAUAGGCAGAACAAUAUAAUAUAGUAAAUUAAUAAGAUAUCCUAAAAGGGGAUCAAUCAAAAGAUUAAAUAAAUUAAGAAAUUUGA